GUCAGGAGCAGGGAGAAGAUGGCGGCGGCUGUGAGGGGGAUUGGGGGCGGGUUGGGUCGCAACCUGCGGGAGCUCCGCAUCCAUCUGUGCCAGCGCUCUGCGGGCAGCCGCGGCGCCAGAGACUUCAUCGAGCAGCACUACGUGACCCUGAAGAAAGCAAAUCCCGACUUCCCCAUCCUGAUCCGCGAGUGCUCCGGUGUCCAGCCCAAGCUCUGGGCUCGGUACGAGUUUGGCAAGGAGAAAAGUGUACCACUGAACAACCUUACUGUGGAUGAAGUUGCCAAAGCCUUGGAGAACCUUGUGAAAAGCAAGGUGUGAAGAUGGACAGUAAAUGCGUGCAUGCUGACGACUUGACGGGUGAUCUUUAAUGUAAAAUGUGUAUCUUUCACUUAUCAGUUGCAUAAACACAAUGUGCUUACCCUGA